AUGGCCUCUGCUUCACCAAUGGCCAGCCAGCUCAAAUCCAACUUCACCUCCCCAAUCACUAGAGCUGCUUUGGUUUCACCCAAAGGCCUCUCUGCCUCUCCCCUAAGCCUCUUGCCUUCUAAAAGACUCUCUUCCUUCACCAUCAAGGCCGUCCAAUCUGACAAACCAACUUUCCAAGUGAUUCAGCCCAUCAAUGGUGAUCCCUUCAUUGGAAGCCUCGAGACUCCAGUGACAUCUAGCCCAUUGAUUGCCUGGUACUUGUCCAACCUCCCAGCCUACAGGACUGCUGUGAGCCCUCUUCUCAGGGGUAUUGAGGUGGGGCUGGCUCAUGGGUUCUUGCUGGUGGGCCCAUUCGUCAAGGCUGGUCCAUUGAGGAACACACCCUAUGCUGGGGGAGCUGGCUCCUUGGCUGCUGCGGGUCUUGUGGUCAUAUUGAGCCUUUGCUUGACAAUCUAUGGAAUUUCAUCCUUCAAGGAAGGAGACCCAUCCACAGCUCCUGCUUUGACUCUAACUGGCCGGAAAAAGGAGCCCGACCAGCUUCAAACCGCCGAGGGAUGGGCCAAAUUCACCGGCGGCUUCUUCUUCGGAGGCAUUUCAGGUGUUACUUGGGCCUACUUCCUCCUCUAUGUUGUAAACCUUCCUUACUACGUCAAGUAG